AUGGGAAGUAAGAGUAAUGCUAAACAUGUAGAAAAUGUGGUUGUGAGUAUAAGCCACAACAACUGGAGGCACAACUGUGACUGUAGCCACAACAACUGGAGUCACGACUGUGACUGGAGCCACAACAACUGGAGUCACAACUGUGACUGGAGGCACAACUGUGACUGGAGCCACAACAACUGGAGUCACAACUGUGACUGGAGCCACAACAACAGGAGGUACGACUGUGACUGGAGCCACAACAACUGGAGGCACAACUGUGACUGGAGCCACAACAACUGGAGUCACGACUGUGACUGGAGCCACGACAACUGGAGGCACAACUGUGACUGGAGCCACAACAACUGGAGGCACGACUGUGACUGGAGCCACAACAACUGGAGGCACGACUGUGACUGGAGCCACAACAACUGGAGGCACAACUGUGACUGGAGCCACAACAACUGGAGGCACGACUGUGACUGGAGCCACAACAACUGGAGGCACAACUGUGACUGGAGCCACAACAACUGGAGGCACAACUUUGACUGGAGGCACAACUGUGACUGGAGCCACAACAACUGGAGGCACAACUGUGACUGGAGCCACAACAACUGGAGGCACGACUGUGACUGGAGCCACAACAACUGGAGGCACAACUGUGACUGGAGCCACAACAACUGGAGGCACGACUGUGACUGGAGCCACAACAACUGGAGGCACGACUGUGACUGGAGCCACAACAACUGGAGCCACAACUGUGACUGGAGCCACAACAACUGGAGGCACGACUGUGACUGGAGCCACAACAACUGGAGGCACGACUGUGACUGGAGGCACAACUGUGACUGGAGCCACAACCACUGGAGGCACAACUGUGACUGGAGCCACAACCACUGGAGGCACAACUGUGACAGGAGUUACAACAACUGGAGUCACGACUGUGACUGGAGCCACAACAACUGGAGGCACGACUGUGACUGGAGCCACAACAACUGGAGGCACAACUGUGACUGGAGCCACAACAACUGGAGGCACAACUGUGACUGGAGCCACAACCACUGGAGGCACAACUGUGACUGGAGCCACAACCACUGGAGGCACAACUGUGACAGGAGUUACAACAACUGGAGGCACAACUGUGACUGGAGUCACAACAACUGGAGGCACGACUGUGACUGGAGCCACAACAACAGGAGGUACGACUGUGACUGGAGCCACAACCACUGGAGGCACAACUGUGACUGGAGCCACAACCACUGGAGGCACAACUGUGACAGGAGUUACAACAACUGGAGGCACGACUGUGACUGGAGCCACAACAACUGGAGGCACAACUGUGACAGGAGUUACAACAACUGGAGGCACGACUGUGACUGGAGCCACAACAACUGGAGGCACGACUGUGACUGGAGCCACAACAACUGGAGGCACGACUGUGACUGGAGCCACAACAACUGGAGUCACGACUGUGACUGGAGCCACAACAACUGGAGGCACGACUGUGACUGGAGCCACAACAACUGGAGGCACAACUGUGACUGGAGCCACAACAACUGGAGGCACAACUGUGACUGGAGCCACAACCACUGGAGGCACAACUGUGACUGGAGCCACAACCACUGGAGGCACAACUGUGACAGGAGUUACAACAACUGGAGGCACGACUGUGACUGGAGCCACAACAACUGGAGGCACGACUGUGACUGGAGCCACAACAACUGGAGGCACAACUGUGACUGGAGCCACAACAACUGGAGGCACGACUGUGACUGGAGCCACAACAACUGGAGGCACAACUGUGACUGGAGGCACAACUGUGACAGGAGUUACAACAACUGGAGGUACGACUGUGACUGGAGCCACAACAACUGGAGGCACAACUGUGACUGGAGCCACAACAACUGGAGGCACGACUGUGACUGGAGCCACAACAACUGGAGGCACAACUGUGACUGGAGCCACAACUGUGACUGGAGCCACAACCACUGGAGGCACAACUGUGACUGGAGCCACAACCACUGGAGGCACAACUGUGACUGGAGCCACAACAACUGGAGGCACGACUGUGACUGGAGCCACAACAACUGGAGGCACGACUGUGACUGGAGCCACAACAACUGGAGGCACAACUGUGACUGGAGGCACAACUGUGACUGGAGCCACAACAACUGGAGUCACGACUCUGACUGGAGCCACAACAACUGGAGGCACAACUGUGACUGGAGCCACAACAACUGGAGCCACAACAACUGGAGGCACAACUGUGACUGGAGCCACAACCACUGGAGGCACAACUGUGACAGGAGUUACAACAACUGGAGGCACAACUGUGACUGGAGUCACAACAACUGGAGGCACAACUGUGACUGGAGCCACAACAACAGGAGGUACGACUGUGACUGGAGCCACAACAACUGGAGGCACGACUGUGACUGGAGCCACAACAACUGGAGGCACGACUGUGACUGGAGCCACAACAACUGGAGGCACGACUGUGACUGGAGCCACAACAACUGGAGGCACGACUGUGACUGGAGCCACAACAACUGGAGGCACAACUGUGACUGGAGGCACAACUGUGACAGGAGUUACAACAACUGGAGGUACGACUGUGACUGGAGCCACAACAACUGGAGGCACAACUGUGACUGGAGCCACAACAACUGGAGGCACGACUGUGACUGGAGCCACAACAACUGGAGGCACAACUGUGACUGGAGCCACAACUGUGACUGGAGCCACAACCACUGGAGGCACAACUGUGACUGGAGCCACAACAACUGGAGGCACAACUGUGACUGGAGCCACAACAACUGGAGGCACGACUGUGACUGGAGCCACAACAACUGGAGGCACAACUGUGACUGGAGGCACAACUGUGACUGGAGCCACAACAACUGGAGGCACGACUCUGACUGGAGCCACAACAACUGGAGGCACAACUGUGACUGGAGCCACAACAACUGGAGGCACAACUGUGACUGGAGCCACAACAACUGGAGGCACAACUGUGACUGGAGCCACAACAACUGGAGGCACAACUGUGACUGGAGGCACAACUGUGACUGGAGCCACAACAACUGGAGGCACGACUGUGACUGGAGCCACAACAACUGGAGGUACGACUGUGACUGGAGCCACAACAACUGGAGUCACCACUGUGACUGGAGCCACAACAACUGGAGGCACAACUGUGACUGGAGCCACAACAACUGGAGGCACAACUGUGACUGGAGGCACAACUGUGACUGGAGCCACAACAACAGGAGGUACGACUGUGACUGGAGCCACAACAAAUGGAGGCACAACUGUGACUGGAGCCACAACAACUGGAGGUACGACUGUGACUGGAGGCACAACAACUGGAGGCACGACUGUGACUGGAGCCACAACAACUGGAGGCACGACUGUGACUGGAGCCACAACAACUGGAGUCACGAUUGUGACUGGAGCCACAACAACUGGAAGCACGACUGUGACUGGAGGCACAACAACAGCCACAACCACUACCAUUCCCCGGACUCCAUCUGUUGUAGUUGUUCUUAUUGCAGUAAUUCAGGAACCAUUCGUAGAACAGCUGAAUGACCCAAGUAGUCAACAAUUUAUUAUUCUUAGUCAAAGAAUUAUUGUUGUGUACAACGCAAUCUACAGGCCGGUAUAUGUAACGUACAUCGGCUGUUCCGUUAGGAGCUUCAGGCCAGGUUCAAGUACAAGACGAGUGGACGGUGUGGAAGCGGAGAUGCAACUUGAUUUCGAAGACAGAGACGUAACGGGGGAAAUCC